CCAGCGACCAGUCACUAUUAAACCAGCCGGGCAAGAGGCAGCUGCAGUGGGGCUGCCCAGACGGCGUGCAGGGCCAUGGCGACCUACGUGCAGCUGAGCACCGGGGCGAAGAUGCCCCUCGUGGGGCUGGGCACCUGGAAGUCCACAGCUGGGCAAGUAACAGCUGCAGUGAUGGCUGCCAUCGAUGCUGGGUACCGCCACUUUGAUUGUGCCUAUGUGUACCAGAAUGAGAAGGAAGUUGGGGAAGGGAUCCAGCAGAAAAUCAAGGAAGGCGUUGUGAAACGAGAGGACCUCUUCAUCGUCAGUAAGCUAUGGUGCACGUUUCAUGAAAAACCUCUGGUGAAGGGAGGAUGCCAGAAGACUCUUGCCGACCUGAAACUGGAUUACCUGGAUCUCUACCUCAUGCACUGGCCUUCUGGGUUCAAGGCAGGAGAGGAGCUGUUUCCCAAAGAUGACAAAGGCAUGUUUAUACCUAGCAACACUGAUAUUCUACAGACGUGGGAGGCCAUGGAAGAGCUGGUGGAUGCUGGUCUGGUAAAAGCCAUUGGAAUCUCCAACUUUAACCACGAGCAGAUUGAAAGAAUCCUGAACAAACCAGGACUGAAGUACAAGCCUGCAGUUAACCAGAUCGAGUGUCAUCCAUACCUUACCCAGGAGAAGCUGAUCAAGUACUGUCAAUCCAAAGGGAUUGCUGUGACAGCGUACUGUCCUCUUGGCUCUCCUGACAGGCCAUGGGCUAAGCCAGAGGAUCCUUCCCUUCUGGACGACCCCAAGAUCCAAGAGAUUGCAGCCAAGCACAACAAAACCCCAGCACAGGUUCUCCUUCGCUUCCAGAUCCAGAGAAAUGUGAUUGUGAUUCCCAAGUCUGUCACACCACAGCGCAUUGUGGAGAACUUCAAGGUGUUUGACUUUGAAUUGACUAAAGAGGAGAUGGCAACCCUUCUCAGCUUUAAUAGAAACUGGAGGAUCUGUGCAAUGAGCAUGUCCAAAACUCACAAGGAGUACCCCUUCCACGCAGAAUACUGA